AUGAUGAGGGUAACCGCGGAUCAAGGUCCUAACAAGGCCUCUCAAGCAGCGGUGACCGACCGUGUCACCAGCAACGUCCGUUGCCGCGACAAGGCGUCUCUCACGAGCAACCCAGGUUGCGAACUACCGCUAUUCGGGGUGCCCCGCCACGCGGGCCCCACGGCCCGCCCGUGGCCGGCUCGGUCCCGCCCCGUCAGUCGCCGUCGGCGCCCGCCAGGCCCGGUGCGGCUCCCCUCCGCUGCCACCAUACAGAUACGGAGACAGGACUUAUGCAAUACGUAUAAUAAUCGUUUGAGGCAACCAGGUGAAGCAUCGAUACGGUCGCGAAGCUACUUCGUAGUGAACAUACGGGAAUAUCCUGCAAACUAUGGGGAAAGUCUCCGCGCUAGAAAUGCCGAAAGGGCACAAGGGAAAUCCAUAGCGGUUGGGGCGUCCGUCUUAUUGCUUGACGGAUGCCGCUGCCUUUUUCGCCGUUUGGUUUCGCCAAGCAUCCGAAAGUCAAUGUAG